CGUGAUCUUUUCCCAAACGCGCGCGACGACGGAUCGGUGAACCCUAACUAAGAUCUGCCGCCGCCGCCGGAGAGAUCCCUGGAGCCGGUAAUCUACCGUCGCCUUCUGGUUCUCUCGAGCCGGAUCUCUCCGGUAGUCUCGAACGGUCGUCGCUGCCCAGUCUUUCGGUUUCGGUACGAUAUUCUCACCUCUCCUCAAUCUCACUAUGACUACCACCGUCUCUUCUCUAUGUGAUAGCCAUCCUCAACCGUCAGAACCCUUCGUCAUCCCCAACUACUUCCCUCCCCUAACUAAGUGCUGCUGCUUGUCUUCUCCUUAACAGCCCAUAGACGGCCCUCUGCGCGACAGUGACUGCAUUGAAGGUUAAGCUUUUAGCCAUGGUUCUUACUGGUAAAAGCUUGUUCCAAAGGACCCACUAUGAAGUCUUGUCAGUUGAAGAACAUGCAAGUUAUGAUGAGAUCAGAACAAGUUACAAAACCGCCAUUCUGAAUUCUCAUCCUGAUAAGCUGCACAAGAAAUCUGAUGCAUCUACAGAUCACCAACGAGAUUUUCUAGAUGUGCAGAAGGCAUGGGAAGUACUUUCAGAUUCUAUGUCAAGGGCAAACUACGACAAGGAGUUGCAAUCGAUGAGACAGGAAUUGGAGGUUCCGGCUAAUGAAAUUGAAUUGGGAGAUAUGUCUGUGGAGUCUGUCGGUGAUUUUGAGGAGCUUUUCUAUGAGUGUAGGUGUGGUGACUACUUUUCCAUCACAUGGUCGGAGCUCAAAGAGAUGGGCAUUAUAUUGGAUAAAGAGAGUGUAGAAGUACAUUCAUCGACUGUUUCAUUACCAGCUUCAGUUCUUAUUCCUUGUGGCUCUUGUUCACUGAAAGUUCGUCUGACGAUAGAUUGCAGUUCUUGAAUUGGAUUCACUUCUCUUACAAUGGAAGAACACCUUUUUUGUGUGUAUUUUGCUGUUCCCUGUAUUAUUUAUUUUUCUUGACUUGCAGGGGAGCAAAAUUUUGAUAGGUGACCUGCCAGUCUAAGACAGUAAUCUAAUUUUGUCUGUUAUGUUCAAUGUAUUAAUACUUUCAGAAAAGAGAGCGGCAGUGCAACCAUAUUAUGAAUGUCUUGUAUUGCAAAUACUUUACUGAGAUGAAGCUUUUGUCACUUGUAUUGAAUAUUUGGGUAA